UAAGCAUUUUUGCUUACAGUAGGUAUCGAAUUGUACUUCCGUGAUGUGUUCAGUGACACACUUUCUCGAGUAAAUCAUGGAAAAGAAGAUCGCAAUGGUUUUGCUGGUACUUGCUCUAAUUGCACUAAGUCCUCAAGUUGCAAGAUGCGAAGAAGGUGGUUUGAGUACAACCGAAAAUUACAUCAAUACAAUCGACAGUUUUGGCGACACUCCGCUUCACCUAGCAGCGCGAAGUGGAUCGCCCCUUCUGAUCGAGAUGCUCCUUGCUGCCGGUGCAAACAUUUCAGCAAAAGACGGCAGUGGGCAUACUCCUCUUCACGUUGCAGCGUAUAACGGUCGCGCUGACAUCGCUAAGAUCCUAAUUGAUCGUGGCGCUCCAAUAAACGUGAAGAACAAGUUGGGGGAAACUCCCUUAUCUGGUGCGGUCGCCUCAAACAAUUCCGAGCUGGUCGACUUGCUCGUAAAGCAUAAAGCAUCUCUCGACGUCGAAAACAUCAACGGCGAUACGCCGCUUUUUUCCGCUCUAGCCCAUGGUAACGGAGCUAUCGCCAAACUCCUGGUGGACAACGGAGUGCGGAUAGACCGCCAUAACAGGUACGGUUCCACGCCUCUUCAUUACGCCGCGAAAGGUGGCAACGAGAACAUUACGCGACUCUGCAUCGAAUUUGGCGCAAACGUCAACAUGAAGAACGACGACGGCAAUACCCCUCUUCACUUGGCUGCCUUGUACGGAAAAACAAACGCAGCAAAGAUUCUGAUCGACAACGGCGCAACCGUAGAUGUGGCUAACAAGGAGGACAGCACGCCGUUGCUUUGCUCGCUUAACAGUAACGUCGAGAUGGUCAAACUGCUUCUGAAGAACGGAGCCAACGUGAACAAAACGCGAAAGAACGGCGAUUCUGCCCUGCAUCUGGCCGUGCAGUCCUUACGGGAUGACAUUGUAAAACUUCUGCUUGAGAAUGGGGCAGAUGUGAAAGCGAAAAAUAUGAACGGUGAGAUACCAUUGCACGUCGCCGCCAAGUAUGGUAGUACAGAAAUUGCCAAACUUCUUAUUAAUUCCGGUGGUGAGAUUGCGAGCGAAUGAAAUUUUUUUUAGUUAUCUAACUUAUAUUAUCCUCAAAAGAUGGCGAUUCAUUUUCUGUCUUAACAUUACUGUAACUAUGAAAAUGGAUUUCUAAUAAAUCGUCUUUUAUUAACA